AGCGCCGCUUACAACGGGCCCACGCUGGUCCUGCAGGAGUUCGAGUCGCUGAUGAGAAGGGAGCUGGACAGCCCGCAGCGCAGCGUCAGGGACAGUGGGUACAUCGACUGCUGUGAGUCGGAGCGCAGCCACUCUCUCUCCCCGCCGAGACACACACGAGACGACUCGUUCGACAGCCUGGACUCCAUCGGCUCGCACUCCCGCCACACUCCCUCGCCCGACGGCCUGCUCGGCCUCGGCUACAGCGAUGGCCGCGGCAGCGACUCGGAGAGCGACGCCCCCCAGAGGAAGAUGCCGGACGUGCGCAAGGACGACAUGCUGGUGCGGAGAACGUCCGUCAGCGAGCCACGGAUCGCCCUUCCUUUCAACCAGUACCUGCCCAACAAGGCUAACCAGGGCACGUUCAUGCCCGCGCCGGUGCGCCGCCCGCGCGCAGACCGAGACGACAGCUGCAGAAGCUGGAGCAGCACAACCUCACCUGUCGGAGGGGAGAGGCCUUUCAGUGUUAGUGAAACCCUUUGGUUAGACGUGUCCUGUGUGGUAACAGGAAGUGAUGUUCUCUGUGUAGAGUCUCAGAUAGAGAGUGAGAACUCCAGAGCUUCUCCUCAGAACGACCCUGUGUCCAUGAAUCCACAACUCAGUGACCCUCAGAUCAGAUCCCCCCUCCACCCCUCUGUACACCCUCUCGAUCACGAGCAGAGCCACUCAGAGGAGAGAGACCGACGGGACGCUUUCUGCCAAACUCCUCCAAACCCCCCGGAUCCCCUUCAGAACGACUCACUGACGUCCAUUAAUCAGACUGCAGGAAAUGACAUCAGAUUCAGCCGUUCAUCUAGUGUGUUUGAUGAUCCUGAGAGCGUGAGCAUGAUUGACAUGCGAGGAAGUGAGGAAGACUCUAUGUUGCCACCCCAUAGUCAAGUUCGACAUGAGCUCAUGCACAACCAGUACAACAUGCUGAAAGAGGAAGAAGACCACUGGCAGGACGACUUGGCCAAAUGGAAGAGUCGCAGAAGGAGUGUGUCUCAGGACCUGAUCAAAAAAGAAGAGGAGAGGAAAAUGAUGGAGAGACUGUUAAGUGGAGGAGGAGGAUCACAGAGAAGAAAAAGCAUCAAGACGUACAGAGAAAUAGUGGAGGAGAAGGAGCGUCGUGAACAGGAGUUGCAUGAAGCCUACCGGAGCGCCCGCACACCAGAGGAAGCAGCAUCUGUGCUGCAGCGUUAUGCCCUGCGCUUCACCAUCAGUGAGGCCGUUCUCGAGCGCCUCAAACUCCCCAAGCUCCUGGAGAGGAGUGUGUCGGCCGACCCAACUCGUCACUCCUCGUUCCCCGUCUCUUCAGACAUCUCCUGCUCUUUCAGUGCUUGCUCAAACCCGCUGCAGUACCUGAGGCAGCAGUCUCUCCCCGCAGCCAAGUUCAUAUCCUCGGUGGAAGCACAGGUGACGGGAUACAGCACAGAGCCGGGAAACGUCAGAGAUAUGGAGUGUGUUUCAGGUCCAUCUCGCUCGCAUGCGACAGCGCCCUCUCUGGCUCCGAGACCUUACAGACAGAGCAGAAGUAGCACUGCUAAGGUACAGACAGCACAAGAAUCGACAUUUCUCAUAGCAAAUGAAAUGGUGCGAGUGAAUGGAGAAAGGGAGGAUGAUGAGCAGAAGGGAGGAAGAAACAGAGAGAGGGAAGAAGACUGUCUGCAGUUCCUCUCGUCUCCCUUCCAGCACACAGACUCAGACCUCACAGAUCCCGAUGUGUCCGCUGGAUCCACACACACACCGGAGCGCUGGGAGAUCCACAGGGAACACACACAGACUGAAGGAGCGGCGGUCCCGCAGGUCACUGAUAACCCCACAGAAGUGUUGGAGAUGAAACCAGACGACACUGCUACAGAUGAAGAGCAGACAGACGAGACGUGUGUGAGUGACUCUCUGCAGACCGUGAUUCAGGCGGACUCUUCUGCACAGGUCAAUGAACUAGUAACGGAGAUCCCACAGAAUCUAUCAGAAGCAUCCGCCGCAGAAUCAUGCAGAACCAGACCAGAUUUGACUGAAAAGGCUGGAAAUGUGCUGAAUCUGGUGAAGCGCGGUGAACACUUUUCUUGGAGUCCUGAGGAAGAGCGCAAGCGUCAGGAGAGCUGGCAGCGAGAGCAGGAACGCAUGCUUCAGGAGAAAUAUCGGCGUGAACAGGAGAAGUUGAAGCAGGAAUGGGAGCAGGCGCAGAAGGAAGUGGAAGAGGAGGAGAGGCGGUACCAUGAGGAGGAGAGGAAGAUUCUGGAGGAGACCGUGACCCCGCUGACCCCCCUGUCCCCUCUGACCCCUGUGACCCCUCACUCACCGACGGCACUGUCAGUCCUUCCCAAAACACAAAACACUUUGCACUCCCAGCCCGAGCGGGAACACAGGCUGGGGCCAGUGGAGAACCAGACGAGCUCUGAGACCUGCAGACAAGGGGAAAACGGCAUCGGUGAAGCAGCGCAGACACACACACAGAGUUUACAGAUGACAGUAAGCAGUUCUCCUCAGCCAGGCUGUGUGUCGGUGGGUCCGAGAGGACGAGGGCGAGGGGAGCCACUGCAGUCUCCACAGGAUACACCACUGGGCAAUAGAGAGCAGAACGAGACCUGGAAUAAGAAUACAUCACAACCAAAACCUGGUGGACGCAAGAGGUCUGACUCUAUAGAGAACAUUGGGCCAAAUCCAUCAUCCUCACCUUCAUUCACAGACACACAAACACCUCCAUCACCAAACAGGUCUGUCAGUGGGAAGAAACUGUGUUCAAGUUGUGGACACCCACUUGGCAAAGGUGCCGCCAUGAUCAUAGAGACUCUCAGCCUUUACUUCCACAUUCAGUGCUUUAAGUGUGGGAUCUGUAAGGGCCAGCUGGGCGACACCAGCACAGGAACAGAUGUGCGGAUCAGGAACGGUCUGCUCAACUGCCAUCAGUGCUAUAUCCGCUCCCGCUCUGCUGGUCAGCCCACCACCCUAUGAACUCAUUGAUUGUAGGAGCAAAAUAAAUCUACCCAUAAUUCUCUCGCCCACAAUCUUCACGUAUGUGAACAAGCACUGAAGCACAUUUAAAAUCAAACCACUUCAACGUCUUCAAGUUGGGUCUCUUUUUCAACACGGCUGCAGUGAAAACUACGCUUCUGGCUGAACUGACAGUGUUUUAAGUGAAAAGUGCGUUCUCUUGAUGACAUAUGGACGAUUGGAGUCACCUAUAGAUCAUUAACACUAAUGAGGAAAGGAGCUGAAUUCCUGCAAUGACUCCACUUCACUUUAAAUUUGUCUGAAUCCAUUCAUCCUCAUGCUGCAAAC